AAUCUUUGGCCUUACUGGUCAGUAGUCCCGCUUCCUUUUGCGUCACUUGCUCGUCUGAUCCAUCCUCACAAACUUCUUAUGUCUCUCAGCUCUUCCAUAAAUUUAUUCCACUUUCAUUAGUGAUAUUUAAAAAGAAUCGUCGCUCCAAUCACAAAGAAAAAUGGGUCGUUACAGAAGUCGGAGCCGUGAUAGGGACAGGAGGCGAAGAUCUCGUAGCCGUUCACGCAGUCGAUCACCACGAGAUAGAAGAGGUUGGGGUGGCGGUGGUGGUGGAGGCGGCGGUGGUCGAGAUCGUGUUGGUAGCGGUCGUGGAGGUCGGGGACAGCCAGGUGCAAAUUUAAGGAAACCACGAUGGGAUCUCAGUCGCUUAGAACCGUUCAAGAAAGAUUUUUACAUACCAAACGAUACAGUUCAAAAUCGAGAUAUGCGACUCGUAGAACAGUACCGUAGUGAAAAAGAGAUCACGUUAAGAGGGAAAAAUAUUCCUAAUCCUGUAUUCACAUUUGAAGAAGCAGGUUUCCCUGAUUAUGUACUCAAGGAAGUAAAGAGGUUAGGUUUUAAGGAGCCAACAUCCAUACAGGCUCAAGGAUGGCCUAUUGCUUUAAGCGGUCGAGAUAUGGUUGGAAUAGCUUCUACAGGCUCUGGUAAAACUUUAUCGUAUAUUCUACCAGCCAUCGUACACAUUAAUAGUCAGCCAAAGCUCAGUCGAAAAGAUGGCCCUGUCGCUCUAGUGUUGGCUCCCACUAGAGAAUUGGCUCAACAAAUCCAACAAGUGGCUGACGAUUUUGGACACUCAUCAGGCAUCAGAAAUACUUGUCUAUAUGGUGGCGCACCCAAGGGUGCCCAAGCUAGAGAUCUUGAUGGAGGAGUAGAGAUCGUGAUAGCCACACCAGGACGACUUCUUGAUUUUUUGGAAUCUGCAAGAACGAACUUAAAGAGAUGUACAUACUUAGUCCUGGAUGAAGCCGACAGAAUGUUGGAUAUGGGUUUUGAACCACAGAUCAGAAAGAUCAUUGAACAGAUACGGCCUGAUAGACAGACACUUAUGUGGUCUGCCACAUGGCCUAAAGAAGUUAAGAACUUAGCCGAAGACUUUCUCAAAGAUUAUGCUCAGAUUAACGUUGGCUCGCUGCAACUGGCUGCGAAUCAUAAUAUUUUACAAAUUAUAGAUGUCUGUCAAGAUUAUGAGAAAGAGAACAAAUUGAGUACUCUUCUUAAAGAAAUUAUGUCAGAAAAGGAAAAUAAGACCAUAGUAUUCAUCGAGACGAAGCGCAGAGUGGAUGAAAUCACUAGGAAAAUGAAGAGAGACGGAUGGCCUGCAGUUUGCAUUCAUGGCGAUAAAACACAACAGGAAAGAGAUUGGGUCUUACAAGACUUCAGAUCCGGUAAAUCUCCAAUUCUCGUAGCAACAGACGUAGCAGCUCGUGGGCUUGACGUUGAAGACGUAAAGUUCGUCAUCAACUUUGACUACCCCUCGUGCUCAGAAGAUUACGUUCACCGUAUUGGACGCACUGGUCGUCGGCAGAAGACAGGAACUGCGUACACCUUCUUCACGCCGAACAAUUCAAACAAGGCGAACGACCUGAUACAAGUAUUGAAGGAAGCCAAUCAGGUUAUCAAUCCCAAGCUACUGGAAUUGGCGGACGGUAGAGGAGGCGGCUACGGAAGACACAGAGGAGGAAGAAACAGGUGGCGCACGCGAGGCGGUCGCAGCGGACGGGAACGCAGCUAUUCCAGAAGCAGAAGUCGAAGUCGUAGCAGGGAACGCAAUGGCCGUGGAAGUCGUAGAAGUUACAGUCGCAGCUAUUCCCGCAGUCGCAGCCCCGUUAAUAAUCGCACAGGCAAGUCCUCAGCCAGUCCCAGCGGUGGAGGCUCUGCUCCAACUCCGCCUCCCACAGCCACCCGUUUGAAUCUUCAGCAACAACCACCACCACCACCAUCAUCACCACCACCACCAUCACCACCACCACCAUCACUACCACCGCCAUUACCACUAUCAUUACCUUUACCAGUAUCGCUACCUCCGCCACCUCCUCCGCCGCCACCUUCUUCACAAGCAGCACCUCCUACUUGUGGCAAUCGGCGAAAUUCUCCAGGUCGAGUCAUGGUCCAACAACAGCUACUCUCCACUCCGAAUCAUUCGAUCCGUUCUGGUCCACUUCAGCCACAACAGCCUUUGCAACCAUCCCUUACGCCUUCCUUGGGACCUACGGCGGGGUCCCCGUUAGUCCCUCACAUCCAUCCGAACUUCUCGGGGGCUCCGCCACCACCUCUUCGCACAAAGGUUAUGGGGGUUUUGGCGAUGGGAGAGGGAGGAGCUCCUCCUCCGCCAAGGGUGAACAUGGCGAACGUGGGUGACGGUUAUCACCACUACGGGAGCGGACCUCCGCCUAACAUGAACAUGGUCCCUCCGGCCCCAAUAGGCGGGGGUGGCUAUCAGAACGUGCUGCUGCCGCCCUCGGCAUACUACCAGCCGCCUCCGCCGCCUAUGCACCCCAACAAUGGCUUUCAUCGCUAGCAGCGCCACUCCUGCUCUGCCGCGUGGCCAAAAGAAGUCAUCGGAAAGAGCUACUGGAGCAGUGAAAGAUGAUCAUCUCCUACGGGCUGAUGGCGAAAAUUUGGCAGUACUAGUUCGUAAUUGUCAUAAAAGAGAGAACACUGAGCACCCAACAUUUUUGUCACGCGCUGUUCGCCGAAGCUGCGACUCUUCAUUCACCAUCCACCGCCUCUUGUCUUCAUGUGUCCCUCUUCACCACUUUCAUCAAAUCUUUCCCGAUGUCUCGAGGUACAGGUACGCGUGGGCGUGACCGAAAAAUCAAUUGUCAUUUUUACACGGUACUUUGGACAUCGUUUUAUCGUGAAACACAGACUUCUCGGAGUGUAAGAUCAAUGUCGCGUAACGUUUGUUUCUACUGUCUGUCGAUUGUAAUGGCGUAUAAAUGUCUAGUGUUCAAUUGCUAUUCAUUCCUCUGUAAUUUAGAUACUUAGCAAUGAUUCAAUGACUCAUCGAUGUACAGUAUUUAACGCGAAUAUAAUAACAAAUAAAAUUUGUUAAUCUAAA